GCGACGGUUCCAAUGCUGCAGAGCUGCAUGAUUCAGGGCCAGAUGCUUGCGGUCUCAAAGACCCCACCAAGGGGCGGCUUGGUCUCACUGGCUAGCCAAAGAAAGGAUUGCCUGAGGAACCCCUCCAUCAACCACCCCUCAUCCACCUUGCUCCAUCAGGCCCAGCCCAAAUAAAUAAGCUCCCAUCAUCAUCCUCAGCCCCCUUCCCCGGUGUUCUGGUUCCCUUACAAGUAGUUUUACCUACCUUAACUCAACGACACCCGCCCCUAAUUACUAGACUCAACGACGCCGUCUGCGCCUGCCAACACGAGUCAAAAUCGAACCGACGUGCCCAAUCCCCACAUCACAACGCUCACCGUAACUUUACUUUAUCAUCAUGUCUGGCCACGAAGAGGAUCUCCUGCCCGAGAACAACUCGGGCUACAAGCUCUCCCAGCCUAAGCAGAGCUUGGCUGAGUACCAAAAGAUGGGUAAGUAAACGACUGCCCAGUGGGUUUUGCAUCAGGAGUGAUAUAUAUAAAAGGACGCGAGUGAGACCUUUGGCGAGGGGGUUGCGGCGGGUUGGGGUAUUUCAGCAAGUGCUGGAUGAGCAUUGCACCUCAGUGGAAGGCUUGUUAUCGUGAUAAUGGAAUAGAGACGGAAAUGUGGCGGGAGCAAGAUAUAAGUGCUUUUGCUAGGGUUAAACUUGGAGCAUCCCGGGAGUCGAGCUCAAUGCCCCGUCAAGCUGCCGGGAAAGCUGCCGGAGCAGGUGCUGUUCACUCGUCGAGAGCCCCGGUUGUUCCGUCGAAAACCGUUAUUCACUGCUGGCUGGCUAUUGUUCUCUGCAACGACUCGUCUGGCUGGCCCUGCCUGAGGCUUUCGACACUCAGAAACUGUCUUACCCUUCUCAACACCACCAACUGCAUUCUUCCCUACCUCCCGCGGCCUCACCACACACCAUCCACUUCAGCAUUUUCUCUCUUUCUCUCUCACAACCCACAACACCUAUUUUUCUUCCGCCCUCGAGUCCAACCGAGAUCAACAUGUCUUCUGGAAAUAAAGUCACGUUCCAGGAGAACUCGGAGGAGAAGACAGAUGCCAAUGGCCGUGGUCGCGCUUUGAGUGGUGCCAAAGCCCCGGACCCGGGCUUGAUUCGAACACCCUCCCGCCGUCUUCCGUCUCCAUACCCCCAUCACGAUGCUCUGGAUGAGCAGACGAGUCCCAUCGGCAGCGCCUUGAAGCGUGCCAAAAACACUGCCUCUGCUGUCUUCUGUCUGGCCAACGCUAACCAAACCCACUCAGACGAGGGCGAUGAGUCUCUCCAGCGCUACAAGGCUUCUCUUGGUCUGACUGGCGGAAACGACCUCUCCGACCCCAACGACCCUCGUGUCUGCAUCAUUCAGUCUCUUACCAUGGAGUCUCCUGGUCGUCCCCCGGUUGUCAUCGACCUCUCGGCCCCCGGCAGUGUUGAGAGCCUCAAGAAGACACCAUUCAAGAUCAAGGAGGGCGUCACCUUCACGAUGAGCGCCCAGUUCAAGGUUCAACAUGAGAUCCUCAGCGGUCUCCAUUACGUUCAGGUCAUCAAGCGCAAGGGUAUUACGAUCCCUGGUGGCAAGUCUGACGAAAUGAUUGGCUCUUAUGCUCCCAACACCGUCAAGCAGCCCUUCUACACAAAGAAGUUCCAAGAAGAGACGGCCCCAAGCGGCAUGAUGGUCAGAGCCACAUACCAUGUUGCCUCUAGCUUUGUUGACGACGACAAGAAGACCCAUCUCAAGUUCGAUUGGGCCUUUGAGAUUGCUAAGGACUGGUAAACAUCGCGUCACCGACAACAUUACUUCUCACGACCACUGGAUUGAGCUGUUGAAAGCGAGGAAAAGGAACGAACGACUUGGAGCUUCAGCGACCCCAAUCACCGCUUUGCGACUCGAAUUCUCAGGCGCGAUUCACUUUUUUUUCUUGCUAGAAGCAGACACGAGGGUUUAGAUUUGGAACCAAAAAGGGAAAAGUCGAAGGAAGAAUAGUGCGGGGCAGCAAGUCGUGCAAUCUGGGUUGUUCUUGCUUUUGGUGGAAGAUGGAAGGGUAGGGACGAUUUGGGGAUUGCAAAUUGUAUAGCGUGGACAAUACUUUCUCUCACACACUUGCUUCUGGGGCUCUGCGAGCAGAGUCCCUUCUCAAAUACACAUCAAAUGCCCAGUCUGCGCUUCUCGUCUUUUUUUUUUGUAUGUCUACUUGAACAUUGCUUGUGAACCCC